AUGUACCAAGUGAAGCAACCAUUCACUUUUUCUCAAGAAACAAAUCCAACCCAAACCGGAGAGAAGGUUGACGUGGCCUUGAAGAAAUACAUGGAGGAGCAGAGAUUGAUCACCAAGAACCUAUAUGAGAAGCUUGAUCACAUGUUUGGUGAUCUAAGCAGCAAGUUUGGGUCUCUCUCUACUCACGUUCAAAAGCUUGAGGUGCAAAUCGCUCAAACAGCCGAGGCGGCCAAGAAACAAAAUGAGGUAAACACUCAAAAAUUUUGUAGUGUUGUCUCAUCUAUAGAUGGCACUAUUGUUCCUACACUAUCUCAAGGGGAAGAAGAAGAAAAUGAGCCUAAGGAGAGGCACAAACCGGAGAGAUACAGUUGGGAAUCAAGAAGAGCUUACAAGAGAAGACUUGAAGGCAAGCCACUACAAAAACAAGAAGAUCCGGGGAAGUUUGUGAUAACUUCAAGUAUCAAUGGCAUUCAACUCCACGAUUGCCUAUGUGAUACUGGUGCUAAUGUUAAUCUAAUGUCUCUUGCACUUGCAAAAGAUUUGGGAUUCAAGGAAUUCAAGAGCCCCAAGAUAAGAGUCGAGUUCGCGGAUCUAUCGUGCAUGGAACCUAUGGAAUGCUUGAAGAUGUCAUGA